AUGGCCUCUAUUCGCGUUCUUUCCUUCGAUGCUGAGGGCCGUCCCGUGCGGUUCGCUUCCUGGCUCGACGACCUGCAGUUGUAUCUUAUGAGCAAUAGCACGGACCACAUCUCCCUCUAUGACUACGCGUCUGGUGCUGCCGCUGCUCCUGCUGCCACAGCCGAGCUUAGUGUCCGUUCACAGUGGCAGACUCGUGACGCUGCAGCUCGCCUGGCUAUUCGCAGUCACCUGCCGUUACCUGAGCUAGAGCACUUUGGCGACUGCAAAACCGCUAAGGCCCUAUAUGACGCUGUCGUUGCUCGCUACUCCUCACCUGCCACAGCCGAGCUUAGCCGUCUCAUGCUGCCUUACCUGUUCCCUGAGCUGUCCGCCUUUGCUACAGUCGCCGAUCUUAUCACCCACCUUCGCACUAGUGAUGCUCGCCUGCGUGCCGCCCUUCCCACCGAGUUCUGCGCUAAGAACCCCCCUCCCCUGUACUGGGCACUCCACUUCAUAGUCACCCGUCUCCCUGACACCCUCAGCUCAGUGCGCGACUAUUUCCUUGCUCGCUGUCCCACUGAGCUCACUGUCGCCCUCCUAGAGGAGAAGCUGCUAGCAGCCGAGAAGAGCAUUGUAGCUGUAGGUGCUGCUCGCGGCGCUCCUCGCACCCCCAUCUUUGAGGGGUGUUCUCCCUCUCCCCUCGCUCCCUCCUACGCUACUGCUGCUGCUGUUGACUUCCUUGGUGCUGAGUCUGCUGGCGCUGCUUCUGCUCCUGGUGGGAGGCGCCGCACCGGCAAGGGCAAGGGGGGCAAGGGUGGCGGGGGUGGCGCUGGGGGGGGAGGGGGUGGGGGAGGUGGGGGGGGAGGCGGUGCUGGAGGGAGCGGUGGCGGGAGUGCCGGUGGGAGUGGGGCCGGCGGCGGAGGCGGGGGCGGCGGCGGGAGCAGUGGCGGUGGUGGCAGCGGCGGCAGUGGCGGCGGUGGCGGUAGUGGCGGUGGCGGUGGCGGUGGUGGCGGUCGGAGCGGAGGUAGUGGCGGCGGUGGAGGUCGGAGUGGAGGCACCGGCUCGGGCCAGAGCUCCCAGCAGCAGCAGCGUCCCCAGUCGACCCAGCAGCUUCGUGAGUGGCUUGCUCAGCGUGGGACGUCGGGGGGCAGUGGCCGCUGUUCCUAUGUCAUUCGCACAGGUGAUCGCAAGGGACAGACGUGUGGGAGGUUUCACACCCCGUACCGCUGCUUCUUCCGCCUUGACGACGCUUGGCGUGAGGAGAUGGGCGAGGAUGUUGAGCGCCCUCGCUGGGCUGAGCUGAUGAGGGCUGGGGUUGAUAUCUUUGCUCUUGACUAUGAUGCUAUUAUUGCUGCCAUGUAUGCAUUGACUGUUAGUGCCGAGGGAGACUGUUACCUGUGUGUGCCGCCUGACCCAGGUAUAGAGCCCGCUGCCCUAGGUACUAGUGAGUCUGCUCUCUCUGGUAUGGUGCCCCCUGUACCUGCUCCCUCCAGCACUGUCCCUGCUGCUUGCGAGUCUGCUCUCUCAGGUACAGCACCCACAGAGACUGCUCUCUCAGGUACUGCACCGACUGAGCCCUGUCACACCUUCACCCUUGACUCAGGUGCUUCCCGCUGCUUCUUUCGAGACAGUACUGAGCUCACACCGCUUCCUGCACCGGUCCCAGUCUCCUUGGCUGACCCCUCUGGGGGCCCGGUCCUUGCCCGGUCCACCACUGUGCUCCCUUGUCCGGCGGUUCCGUCUGGCUCGUUGACGGGUUUCCACCUCCCCUCGUUCUCGACGAACCUGGUGAGCAACGCUGUCCUCCAGGAUCAGUGGGUUGACACCUUUACCCCUGGAGGACAGCGUGUGGCGAUCUGCACGUGCUCCAGGACCGGCCGUCACCUGGCUACGUUUACUCGUCGGCCGGGGUCGAGUCUCUACACACUGUCCACUGCGUCUCCUCAGGUCGCUGCUGUCGGUCAGGUGUCCGCGUCAGGUCUGGUAGCCCACGCCUGUGAGUGUCGUUCCCUGUCGCACCAGACUCUUCUCUGGCACCACCGCCUGGGUCACCCCUCCUUGCCACGCCUCCGUGGCAUGCACCGUCGCCACCUUGUGUCUGGUCUUCCCAGGUCCCUCCCUCCCCUCCCUGCCUCUCCUGCGCCGCCUUGCCUUCCUUGCGUCGAGGGGCGGCAGCGCGCCGCUCCUCACUCCUCCUCGUUCCCCCCGACAGAGGCUCCUCUGCAGACCCUCCACCUGGACGUGUGGGGCCCAGCCCGCGUUCGUGGUCAGGGCGGUGAGCGGUACUUUUUGCUGGUUGUCGACGACUACUCGCGUUACACCACGGUCUUCCCCUUGCGCACCAAGGGUGAGGUCCCUGCUGUUCUGAUCCCUUGGAUCCGCACAGUUCGUCUCCAGCUCCACCGCCGUUUCCGGACGGAUCUUCCUGUCCUGCGUCUGCACUCUGACAGAGGUGGUGAGUUUUCCUCCGACCUCUUGAGGACCUUCUGUCAGGCGGAGGGCAUCGAGCAGACCUUCACGCUUCCGGACUCCCCACAGCAGAAUGGGGUUGCUGAGCGCCGCAUUGGCCUGGUCAUGGAGGUCGCUCGUACCUCCUUGGUCCACGCGGCGGCUCCCCAUUUUCUGUGGCCGUUUGCUGUCCGGUACGCCGCGCAUCAGCUCAACCUCUGGCCCCGUGUCUCCUUGCCGGAGACCUCGCCCACACUGCGUUGGACGGGGGAGGUUGGCGAUGCGUCGCGCUUCCGGGUGUGGGGUGCUCGUGCCCUUGGGUGCUGCUGA